GCCGAUGAAGCGGCCUCGCAGCGAAAGCUGCAGGAACUGCGCACGGGUUAUGCCGAGCAGGGCGAAGCCUGGCUCCGCACCGAGCUGGAGAAGCAGAGUCGGGAUGAGCUGGCUAAGCUCUGCGUCGCUUCGGAGGUGCGACAGAAGUCAGCCGGGCGCAAGCUCUCCAGAGCGGAGCUGUUGGAAGCUCUAUCACAGAGCAUUGCCGGGGAGCAGGCUUCAUGGGGAAGCGGCGUUCUUGAGGCCGAUGAAGCGGCGUCGCAGCAAAGGCUGCUCGAGCUGCGCACGGGUUAUGCCGAGCAGGGCGAAGCCUGGCUCCGCACCGAGCUGGAGAAGCAGAGUCGGGAUGAGCUGGCUAAGCUCUGCGUCGCUUCGGAGGUGCGACAGAAGUCCGCCGGGCGCAAGCUCUCCAGAGCGGAGCUGUUGGAAGCUCUAUCACAGAGCAUUGCCGGGGAGCAGGCCGAUGAAGCGGCGUCGCAGCAAAGGCUGCUCGAGCUGCGCACGGGUUAUGCCGAGCAGGGCGAAGCCUGGCUCCGCGGCGAGUUGGGGAAGCAGAGUCGGGCGGAGCUG